AGCUGAAGGACCUGAACAGCUCCAUGACAACCCCUGAGAUGGCCAGAGAGAUCGAGGAGCUGAGGAAGGACUGUGCGAGUUAUGCGGAGAAACUAGAGAGGAUUAAGUCUGCCACCAACCACGUGACUCCGGAAGAAAAAGAGAAGGUCUGUAGUGAGCAGAAGCUGUACUGCAAGGAGUGGCGGAGGAGGAAGCGAAUGGCGACUGAGCUGCUGGAGGCCAUCCUGGAGGGGUACCCCAAAAGCAAGAAACAAUUCUUUGAGGAGGUUGGGAUAGAGACGGAUGAGGACCAUAACGUCACGUUGCCGGCAGCCGUGUGA